AUUGAACUGUUUACUAAAUUCGUUGUCAUGAACAAUUCUACGCAAUCACAAACUGGAGCGGCAAUAGAGCCAUCGGGUUCCAUCGUGGCCUUCCAAGAUGAAUCUCUACAGCCGCAACGAAAUGUAAAAACAAGCGAGAAUAAACCCCCAAACUGCGUGGAGAAGACAUUUUACAUUCUGUCCCUUUUUCUAGCAGUCAUUACAUUUCCGAUUUCGCUUUUCGUCUGCCUCAGAAUCCUGUCUGAGUACCAACGAGGAGUUAUCCUACGCCUUGGCCGCCUGCGACCAAAGCCACCAUGUGGGCCUGGUGUUGUUUUUUACCUACCCUGCAUUGAUACCAUGCGAAUUAUAGACCUUCGAACCACUUCAUUUGAUCUGGACACGCAGGAGAUUCUUACCAAGGAUAUGGUCACGAUCAAUAUCGAUGGAGUGGUUUAUUACAGCAUCAAAAGCCCUAUUGACGCCUUGCUUCAGGUCUUCGAUCCUACGGAAGCCACGGAAAAGCUGGCGAUGACUACGCUGCGGAAUGUAGCCGGCACCCACAAGCUAAUGGAUCUGCUGGCUUCCAAAGAGUACCUUUCCUAUCAGAUUGAGGCCAUUCUUUACAACUCCACCGAACCAUGGGGAGUGCGUGUGGAGAGGGUGGAAAUUAAGGAGAUAGGCAUACCGGAUCAAUUAAAGCGUGCCUUGGCCGUCGAGCAAGAAGCUAUGCGCGAGGCAAAGGCAAAAGUGGCUGCCGCCCAGGGAGAACGGGAUGCAGUGCGCGCCCUGAAGGAGGCCGCUGAUAUAAUGGAGACAAACCCCAUUGCCCUGCAACUUCGCUAUCUACAGACCCUAAACACUAUCUGCAAUGACAAUACCAGGUCCUACGUGUUUCCCUUUCCAGUAGAUAUUGUUAAACGUAUGAUGAAAUGACCGUUACUUAAGGACAAUUUAAUUUAGAAACCGGAAUAUUUAGAACUGUGUCGUCCUAUUAAUUUCCUAAACAACUGAAUUAAAAAUGUUUUGUUAUAAA